CGCCCUAUUUAUGUCAUCUGCUCCCUUGCCUCCUCUCUCUCAUCUUAUUUCCAUCAUCAUCUAACAAAUCUCUCUCUUCCUCUUUCUCUUUCUCCAACAACUAUAUUAGCCACUUUCUCUCUCCAACAAAUAUAUCAUCACCAUCAUCAUAAUGGGAAGCAUUUGUGGAGAGUCCCACCAGCAACACAAGUUCCACCCUUCCCAGCAACUCCUCCUCCUCCUCACCAAAAAAACCAUGACACAUCUCAACAUUCCUCCUCGGAAACUCCUCCUCCCCACCUCCAUCCCACACAGUUCCCUGACCCUUGAUUCUCUGAGAUCCGAGGAAGCCCUGCAUCAGAACUUCUUGCCCUACAAUGGCCUCCACGACGACGACGACGAACAAGAAGAAGAAGACUCCACCACCAACCCUUACUCUUCAGACCAUUUCCGAAUCUACGAGUUCAAGGUCCGCCGCUGCCCUCGCAGCCGCACCCACGACUGGACCGACUGUCCCUUCGCUCAUCCCGGCGAAAAAGCUCGCCGUAGAGAUCCCCGGCGCUUCCACUAUUCCGGCACCGUCUGCCCCGAUUUCCGCCGCGGAAGUUGUAGCCGCGGCGACAAUUGCGAGUUCGCACACGGCGUUUUCGAGUGUUGGCUUCACCCUGCUCGCUACCGAACCGAGGCUUGCAAGGACGGUGAGAAUUGCAAGCGAAAGGUCUGUUUCUUCGCGCACUCUCCUCGCCAGCUCCGCCUCUUGUCGCCGCCGGAGAUAAAGUAUUACCGGAAUUCGAUUCAUUGUUGUUGCCCAUUUUGUCACUCUGUCUCUGCUUCUCCUACAUCUACACUAAUGGGUUUGUCUCCUCCAAUCUCUCCUCCGUUGAGUUACAAAGAUGUGCUGACCACUGAGCUAAUGAGCUCUUUGGAGUCCAUGAAUCUGAAUGAGAUUCACAUACUGCCACUACUACUGCGAAAGGAAUGCCGAAUGCCGUUGUGGGUCGAUGUAUCUUUGAGCAAUGGCGAUGAAUAUGAUCAACUGCAAUUCAUUCUAUCUCCUUCCACUACAAGUCCUUCUGGGUCCACGGGUUUUUGCAGUAAUGGUGAUGAUUCUUCAAGCAAGAGCCUCAAUAAUGAUGAGAAGCUCAAUGAUAACGGUUUGGCUUGCCCUGAUCUUGGUUGGGUCAAUGAUCUUCUCACUUAAUUGAAAUUUUUAAUAUGAUGAUGAAAAAGUGAAGCAGAUGAUGAUGAAGGUCAUGUAUAUAUAGAGUCAUCCACUAUCCAUAUAUAUAUAUAUAUAUGUAUAUCAUCAAGUGUGUGUAUAUAUGUGAUAUGGUGUGUUUUAAGUUGUUUAGAUUUCUUUACCAGUCUAUUGAAUUCUUGUUGAAUCAUCAGUCUCUAUGAGUUUGGUCACAAGUUUUCUUCUCAAGGAGGGGAGAGAGAGAGAUUGGACUGUUGUUUGAUGUAUUGAAUUGUGCUGUAAAACAGUGAUUGAUCAAUGAUGAUUCUCUUUUCUAA